ACUAAAUACUGUGAAUUAAGAUGUACUUUAUGCAGUAAGGGCUCAGGUGCAGCUACAGGUAUGUCAACAUUUCAUCAUGGGGGAUAGUGAAAAUCGUUUAGAAUUUUAUUUCAUCCAUUGCCAAUACACAGUAUAUGAUUUUUACAGAACGCUUAAGAAUAAUCUAGGCACAACUAAUUGCUGAUGUGAGUGUCUAAAUACAGUUUAGUGUAAAAUAUACUUUAUACUGAUUCAUUAUUGUUUGUUUACAUAGUUGUCCAUGCUGCUGCUGUGUUCAUGUACUGCUUUCACAUGUGGCUGGUACUGAACCUAAUGAUCUUCCUUCUCUGUGCAUGUGGUCAGAAGGAGAGGAGGAUAUUGUUGACGCCGAGGGGGAGCAAGAGGAAGGAGAAGGUUGGGCAAAACCUAAACCAAAACCAGCCUUCAUGCCUCAGACCAGCCUGGUGCCUCCCAAAAUCCCAGAUGGAGAGAAAGUGGACUUUGAUGAUAUCCACCGCAAGCGUAUGGAGAAGGACCUGACUGAGUUGCAGACGCUUAUCGAGGCCCAUUUUGAGAGUCGCAAGAAGGAAGAAGAGGAGCUCAUUAACCUCACUGAUCGUAUUGAGAAGCGCAGGUCUGAGAGAGCAGAGCAAGUGAGGAUCCGAACGGAGAAAGAAAAGGAGCGUCAGAACAGAAUAAACGAGGAAAAGGCAAGAAAGGAGGAAGAGGAAUUUAAGAAGAAAGCAGAGGAUGACGCCAAGAAAAAAAAGGUCCUCACCAACUUGCAGUUCAGCGGGUACAAGACAGAAAAGAAAGGUGGGCCGAAAAAGAAAACAGAGCGAGAGAAGAAGAGAGCGAUCUUAAGUGAACGGCAUAAGGAGCUGAAUAUUGACCAUCUCAAAGAGGACAAACUAAGAGAGAAGGCUACUGAACUGUGGAAGUGGAUACAUCAACUUGAGGCAGAGAAAUUUGAUCUCCAGUACAAACACUCCCGACAGAAAUAUGAUGUCACCGUACUCAGGAAUCGAGUCAGCGAUCAUCAGAAAGUUACCAAGGGGACCAGGAGCAAACGGGGCUUGAGGAAAUAAUGUUGCAGAUCAGAAUUGAGACCAUAGGAGUCCAUUCCAUUCAUACCACUUUGCCCGAUGGACAUCCUGGUACUCUACAGACAAGGAAGACUUGUGUGACAUGUGGAAUAUUUUUCCGAAAAAAAUAUUUGGAAUUAACUUAUGUGGAUUGUUAUUUUUAGGGAAAAAUGUAUCAUAAUAAACCAACAAAAAUAUG